AUGGAUCCUCUGUUAGAAGCAAACAGCACCUUUGCCUUAAACCUUCUGAAAACGCUGGGUGAAGACAGUUCAAGAAAUGUGUUUUACUCACCCAUCAGCAUCUCCUCGGCCCUGGCCAUGGUCCUUUUGGGGGCAAAGGGAACCACCACAGUCCAGAUGGCUCAGGUACAUUCUUUAAAUAAAAGCAGCAGCACUGGAGGUGCAGAUAUCCACAGAGGUUUCCAGUCCCUUCUCACUGAAGUGAACAAGACAGACACAGGGUGCUUGCUUAGAACAGCCAACGGGCUUUUUGCAGAAAAGUCUUAUGAUUUCCUCUCAUCUUUUAAAGAUUCCUGUCAGAAAUUCUACCAAGCACAGAUGGAAGAGCUUGACUUUCUGAAUGCUACCAAGGAGUCCAGAAAACACAUAAACAUCUGGGUAGCUAAAGAUACAGAAGAUAAAAUUACAGAGUUGCUGUCUCCAGGUUCAUUGAAUACAAACACUAAACUGGUUCUUGUGAAUGCCAUCUACUUCAAAGGAAACUGGGAUAAACAGUUUGACAAAGAGCUCACCAAGGAGAGACCAUUUAAAGUCAGCAAGGUGAAUGUUGCAUAGUAACAAAGGAGAUUC